AUCUGAAGGAGAUGCAUUUAGCACGACAUCUCUCCAUUUUAAUCGCUCCGGGUAGAACGCUCCAGGCCAGUCCCCAUUCCAGCCAAAACCAAACCCUCGCCUCGCCGCCAUGGCCGACGGCACCCGCAGCCGGGUUCGGAGGCGCCGCCUCGCCGCCGGCAGGAACCGCCUCGGCGCCCUCCCCGACGACGUCCUCCAUCACACCCUCACCUACCUCUCCGUCACGGAAGCUGCCAGCGCCGCCGCCCUCUCCUCCAGCUGGCGCUACCUCUGGCGCUCCUACCCGCUCGUCCUCGAGGAUAAAGGCAUCCCCGCGCCCGCGCGCGAUGCCCUAGUACCCCGAGUCCUCGCCGACCACCCGGGCCGCUUCCGCUCCGUCAUCCUCUACGACUGCAGGCUCGCCUCCCUGAACCGUGAGCUCCCCGGGUGGCCGCGCCUCCUCGUCGACAAGAGCACGCAGCAACUCCUUCUCGCCCACCACGACUGGACCGUGAUCCAGCCCGACUCCGCGCGCCUUCUUCCCGCCGACAUCCUCCGCUGCGGCUCGCUCCAGGUGCUCAGCCUGGACUUCUGGACGUUCUCCGCCGACCUCUCCCGCCGCGCCGACAUAUCUCUUCCCCAGCUCCAGAUUCUCACCCUGACGAGGAUUGUCGUAAGCGACCGGGACCUGGAGUGCUUGAUCGCUGCCUGCCCCGUUCUGGAAUCCCUUCGGCUCACCCUCAAUAGCCCCAAGCAUGUCCGUCUCCGCAGCAAAAGCCUCAGGUGCGCGCUCGUUGGGCUGUCCAAGGUUGAGGAGUUCGCCGUGGUGGACACGCCGCUACUGCAGCGGCUCUACUUGUUCCAGCAGAUUAAUGGUGGGGCGGUCAGGAUCGCUUGUGUUCCCAACCUGCGCGUGCUCGGCUACCUGGACACAAGAACUCACAAGCUGCAGAUUGGGGACAGCGUCAUCAGGCCGGACACAAUGGCGAGCGCAAGGACUGUGGUUCCAAGCGUCGAGAUAUUGGCGUUGGCUCUGAAUUUGGGUAUCUCCGAGGAGGUUAAGAUACUGGCCAGCUUCCUCAGAUGCUUUCCGAACGUUGAGACGCUGCACAUUGAGUCUGCACCGCAUAAGCCACCUGUAACUUCCAGUGAACCCAGUGGGGAGCAUCAUGCCAGGUUCUAUCAGGAGGUCAGUCAGGUUGAUUGCUUGAGAGCACAUGCCAAGAAGAUGGUUAUUCACGAUUUCCGAGGGGAUCAAAAUGAAUUUGAAUUCAUCAAGUUCAUCGCCAAGAAUGCCGAGGAGCUGCAGUUCUUUCUGGUUAUUGUGUCGGACGAAGGGAUCUUGUCUUCAGCUGACAAGGUGAAGGAGAUAAAAGACGAAUUGCAGUAUGUACAGUUUCGCACAGGUAUCUCUGCAGUGUUACGGGAGUUACCUAAAGCUGGCAUUCCUUACCGCUUGAAGAGAGCAGCCGAUCUUGCAAUCAACGACCCUUUUCAGUGCUGAAUCCAUGGUUAAUACACUGUAGUUGACAUGCUUGAUCCAUACCUUUUGAGGAUUCAUUGACUGUUCUCUGCAAGAUAUUGCUGUUUAGUUUCUUGUAGGCAUGCCUUAUCUUGAGAUAUGUCUGAGUUUUUCAACUACCAUGAGUAUAUGUAGGAAUUGAAGUUAGCAGAAGUAUAUGAGAGCAUAGUGUUAUUUUCAUGUGUCUGCAAUAUAUGACAGCAAUGUGAUUCUGGAUAUAGUGCGCUGAUUUGUAGCA